AUGUGGAAAUGGAUUGAAAUAGUUCGAAAGGCUCUAACUCAACCAGCGCUCAAGCACUACACCUCCAAACUAUCUUCGUACGAUGACCUCUCGCGCCUACACACUUUUGGCUUCCGCGGCGAAGCGCUAUCGUCCCUAUGCGCUCUAUCCGAAUUCCACGUCGUGACCGCCCAAGCCGAUCAGGCUCCAAAAGCCAACCGACUUGAUUUCGAACCGUCCGGAAAGCUGAAGAAGACACAAAUCGUCGCGGGUCAACGCGGUACUACGGCAUCAGUGGAAGGGAUCUUCAAGCGAUUACCCGUCCGGCGUCGCGAGCUGGAGAAGAACAUCAAGCGGGAAUACGGCAAAGUGCUGAAUCUUCUGCAUGCGUAUGCAUGUAUCAGCGUGAACAUUCGCUUCAGUGUCCGGAAUACCGUGGGGAAAUCUCGCAACGUGGUUGUCUUCUCCACAAACGGCAACCAAACCACGAAGGAAAACAUCGCCAAUGUCUACGGCGCGAAGACACUUCUGGCGCUGAUUCCGCUCGAUCUGGAAUUGGAGUUCGAGCCUUCCGCAGCGGCGAGGCGGCUCGCUGAGCGGGAGGGGAAAGAAGUGAACAAGAUCCAGGUUCGAGGACAUGUUUCUCGACCGGUAUUCGGGGAGGGCCGGCAAACGCCUGAUCGUCAGAUGUUUUUUGUGAAUUCUCGUCCCUGCGGGCUACCGCAAAUUGCGAAGGCGUUCAACGAGAUCUACAAGUCAUUCAAUGUUUCGCAGUCGCCGUUUGUUUUCGCCGAUUUCCAUAUGGAUACCCAUGCCUACGAUGUCAAUGUGUCUCCUGAUAAGCGAACGAUUCUAUUGCACGAUGCGGGGGCUAUGAUUGACUCCUUGAAAGAAUCUCUCACGCAAUUGUUCGAGUCUGCUGAUCAGACCGUUCCUCAGUCCCAAGUUUUUGGCUCCAAGCAGAAUACCAAAGGAUUGCAUGAUGUCGUUGCUCGUAGACCUGCAGUUACAGGUCUAGGCGAGGGACCGAGUAAUGGAGCGAAUGAUGAGGAAGAAGGUGACGAUGAGGAGCAGGAAGAAGAAACGACAGCAGAACAAGAUCAUCCCAGUUCGCAAAGUAGGCUGAAAUGCUUUCUCAGCGGCAUGGGCUCUCGCCGAGAGCAAACCGAAAUCCUGUCCUCGCCUGCCAGAACUGGCACACCAAGAGUACAGAACACAACCUCCUUGCCAAUGACGUCCCAAACCAAAUCAGGCACAGUGGGUCAAGAUGACAGCUUCCCGGCUUCAGAUGGGAAUGGGAAGGCCAAUGACUCUCCUAAGAGUCUAAACGGGAGUGUGUCCGACCCACAAGAUGCCCAAUCAGAUGCAGAAAUGGAUGAGCCUGAGCAUCAGACCCCCCAGAGCAGCGCUCCGGGUGAAAAGACCACCCUCAGGAAAGAUAACGGUAUCAUGGAAACACCCAAUGCAAUCCAGAAUGCAUUUGACAGGAUGCGUCCCAGACGGGUACCAGCGGAGAUUGCUACAAUUACUAUCGGUGACAAAACGGUCACGUCUAUGGUAGGGAGCGGUGCUCCCAGAAAGAGGGAUGCAGGAUCGAUCAGCACAGAUAAUCCCUCUUCAGUUCGGAAAAGACGAAUCCACACCCCUUCUCGCUCGGGCAUAUUUGGUAAACAUAUGCGGGACUUUGCUGCUCCUGGGUCGCAGUUAGAGCAAACGGCAAACAGCGAAGACGAGGACGUGGAGGAAGAGGACGACGAGAACGAAUCUUAUGAAGAUGAAGUAGAAGAUAAUGAAGAGGACGAAAAUGCUGAACCGAUUGAUGAUGGAGAGUCUGAAGAUGGAAAUCAGUCCUGCGCACCGUCGCAUCAUGGUAAUGACAGUUUAGCCGAUGAAGACGCCGGUCAAGAUGUGGUUCACCCGGAAGACCAUAACGAGCUUGAAGAUGCAGCGACACAACUGCCGCCGGCGUCAGACGACGGAAGGGUGGAUUACGACGAUGAAGAGAAAAAGAAGCAUGAAGAAGCCGAGGUCCAGCGACUUAUUCAGGAGGCAGAGGACAAGGCUGUUCUCCCACAGGAAAACAGUCUUAGUCGGGCGAAUAAAAUGAAUAAAGGGGCCGCCCAUCGCGAUUCUACUGUUCAAUUCGCUUGCACCGUCGAUGGAUCUAUUCCCAGAAUUCAGCUACAGGUCGAGCAACUCAGGGAACAUACUCGGUCAAAUACCGAUGACUCUAGUCAACAGGAUGACAACGAGGCGGCAGUGUCGCUAGAGACGGCCGAAGAAAAGUUGUCUUUAACCGUGACUAAGGAAGACUUUGAUAAGAUGCGGAUCAUUGGGCAGUUCAACCUUGGGUUCAUCAUAGCUACACGACCCUCGAGCAAGCAUGUAGACCCAAGUUCAUCCAGCUGCAAGGAUGAACUCUUCAUCAUCGACCAACAUGCCUCGGAUGAGAAGUUCAACUUCGAGCGUCUCCAAGCUGAAACCGUCGUUCAGAACCAACGCCUGGUCCAACCGAAACGGUUAGACCUUACAGCAGUGGAGGAAGAGAUAGUCAUUGAGAACCAAUCCGCACUGGAGAAGAACGGGUUUGUGGUGGAAGUGGACGACAGUGGAGACGAGCCUAUUGGCCGUCGCUGCAAACUGGUCUCGCUACCUCUCAGCAAAGAGGUGGUCUUUGGUUUGCAGGAUUUGGAAGAAUUGAUUGUUUUGCUGUCCGAGAUGCCGGCAGUCAGUGCGACGGGUUCCGCGUCGCACAUGUAUAUACCACGCCCGGGCAAGGUGCGAAAGAUGUUUGCCAUGCGCGCAUGUCGGUCUAGCAUCAUGAUUGGCAAGAACCUGACACAGAAGCAAAUGGUCAAGGUGGUGAGAAACAUGGGAACCAUCGACAAACCAUGGAAUUGUCCGCAUGGUCGACCAACCAUGAGACACCUGAUGAGCCUGGGACAAUGGAAUGAAUGGGACGAGUUUGGAGAUGAUGACGACGGGCUGGAUCCUGACGACAAUCGAUCUUCCUCGGACUCAUUGAGUGCCUGGAGGGAUUUCUUCGAGGAGAUGGGAGGCUCCGGUGAUGAAGAAGAAGAAGAUGAAGUUAUGAACGAGGGCGAUGAUACCGAUGAUGGUGAAUCAGAGGGGUAA